AUGCUCCGUCCAAUACCCCACUGCUCCACCAACUACACCGCUGAUAACCUAGCUCACCAUUGCCCCAACCGCUACACCAAUGCCUCAUCCAGUCUGAGAUUGCUUAUUCUUUCGCAAGGUUUGACCAUCAGUAACUCAAUUUCUAACGAGAAAGGUUACGAUUUCCACCCUUACGGUUUAGCCCGAGUCAGCCUUCGUGUUUGCAGACGACGACGUAACUAUGGACACAGAGUGCUUUCCGUCUCCUGUCUCGCACUCGUUACCCAUUAUGGAUUCGUAGCAGUAGGAUGUAGCCCAGCUGUUGUGAAUUAUGGGCCCUUGAGUAAAGAGAAGAUGACUCAGGAGGAGGACGAUCUGGAAGAAGAAUUACGUUGCUUAGAUAUUCGUGAAGAUCAUGGGGCUGAAGAGAGUGAUGUAACCCCUACAAAUACACCUCCAUCAUCACCUCCUAUUUUGUAUAUAAAGAAGUACCCACCAAGUCAACCUGUUGGAUAUGAAGAAAAUAAAGAUUUUGGAAGAUAUUCAAGAGGAGAUGACAAUGAAUGCAGAUCAGACUCCUCUUUAUCAUGGGGUGAUGAUGAGUUUGAAGGAGAGGCCACCAGACAAGUCAGUGCCCUCUUUGACCAACUUGACUCUUUGCUCUAUCAGGAUGACUCUGUAACCUCUGCUGUGCCAUGGUCUGUUAGUGGAAGCACAAAAGUGUGUGUGAACGAGGAUGAGAAAACUGUUUCACCUGCUGGAAGUAUUGGGUACUUCUCAAGUCCAGAGAGUAAUCCUGAUGAACACAUUGAAACCAAUAUAAAAACAAUUAACAAAGAUACAAUUUUUAAUGUGGAUAAUGUGGGAUCACAAACUUUAUUGUUAAACAGUGCAAGAUUAUUAGAAUCAAGUUCUGGAUUAGGUAGUGAUCUUCUGGUAGCCCCUGAACCGACUCCAGAAUUACUAGAGGAAUGCUCAAAUUGGGUACACCACUUUCCACAUUUUAGAAUUAGGGGGCGUGUAUUGGAGACAUCAUUGCUUAAUAUCAUAGAGCAGUAUAUGAAUGAAGAUUCUCUGCAUGAAGAAACCUUAGAAAAUGAGGAAGUGAUUGAAGAAGAUGGUCACUUUCACCAUCUGCUGCCUAUAGUUAAUAUUGUCAGUGCCAAUCAAGUAAAAAAUUCUUCUCAUGUUAAUCCAAAGACAGGGACUUCCAGUAGUCGAGUGUGUAGUGGAUCAAAUGAUCCAGAAGUACUAAAAGAGCAAGUGCUCAUAAUGCUCUUUGAUCAUUUGUGGCCUACAGUGACAAAAGCAAUUGAACCACUGCUUCAUUCAUAUGCCAAGUAUGUAAUUGAACAGUCAGUACAAUAUUCAUCUCUCUCUAGGGAGCCCAGUACUAGAGGGGCCAGAAGGGGUAGACAGACUCCUGUAAGAAAAUAUAGUGCAGAUCUUGGGAGAGCUACUCAGAGGCACCUAAAGCUCCCAGAGAGUGUGAAUAGACCUGAUAGUGGCAUUUCUGUUAGAGGAUACAGAGCAAAUCGUCCAUUGAGUGGAAUCCAGCGACCAUCAAGUGCUAUAAAUAGAUUGCAGGGUUUUCAGCCUACACCAAGUAUCCACCAAGGAGAAUUACAAGAACUUCUGCAGGUAACAACAAAACCAUUGCAGAAUGGAGAAGAUAGAUUACGUUCUAGAAUCUCUUCUGCUUCACAUACCCGUGAGUCUUCAGCUCGGUCCAGUCUGUCUUUGGUAUCUCUUCCUUCUGUCACAACUCCUCGAGGCACAACACAGCGACCUGUAUCUUCUAGAGCAGCUCAUCAUCUUCUGACCCCCAUGCGCAUUGACAGUUUUAGUACCACUUUGGAGCAAAGGCCAUCAUCUACCUCAUCAUAUAAUGCUCGUUCUAGAUUUCAGGAAAAAUUCCAUCAUUUAAGUAGACAAGGUACAAUACAAGAAAUGAGCAGUAAUGUAUCGGCUGUGGAAAUUGAGGAAGAACCACAAGAUUUUCCAAGUCCUACAUGGUCUCGGCACAUAUCUUUCUUACCACCAAUUGCAGAUAAUUCAAGCAGUAAUUUACCAAAGGUAUAUAGUGGUCCAUCACUCUCAAGACAGAAUUCAUCCUCAAGAAGAUCUGCCUCAGGAGAAAGAAGUUACCAGCCCAGUGGACAUGACACUCAGCAGUCCCAGGUAAUGCCAGGGGAAGAAUCGCAGCUAUCCUCCCUUACUGUUAGAGGUACCACGUUGUCAGCAGCACAUCGACCACAUGCGCACACCAAACCCAAGAGGCAUACAUGGGCCUCAGGGAAACGACCCAUUGAGCCCUUCUUAUCAUGGGUAGUGGAACGAGUUGAUGAUGGUGCUCGUUCAGUAGAUCAAGACCGGAACCUGGGUAUCAAGAAUUCUUUAAUUAAUUGGGAAAACAAUAACAUAUCAUUGAUGAGGACUAAACACUUUAGAAGGUUAGAGGCUUCAAGCUGUAAAUAGUAAUGCUAGUAUACCUAUACAUAGUAUGUUUUAUUUGCUGAUGUACGCAAUGCAUAACUUGUACAGUCACCUUCACAUUUUCACUGGAGUGCAUGUUAUUUCAUUUUCCGAGAAUAGUAGCUUAGAUUCCAUCAUUUGCAAUAA